UUCAUUAAACGUCAGACAAUCCCGUUCAGAAAUUUGCAAACUCAGGUGGCAGUUUUCCAGUGAGUACAAAAAUACAAAUUCAAACAGCAGUUUAGAAAAGACACUUCCAUGUGUUCCUUGGCCUUUGUGGUGUUCACGCUGUGCGUGGCGGUUCUUCCUUUCGAAGUACUAUGCGAAGACCAAGAAAAUGAGGAACGCGUUUUGAGGAGGACACUUUCUGAGAAGUUGUUUAAUGGGUACAAAAAGGAUUUCUUACCGCGACUGAAUGAAUCAGUUCCGGUUAAGGUCCAAUUUGAUUUUGAACUCAUUACAAUCAAAGAUGUGAAUGCAAAGGAACAAACAUUCACAGUCUACGGGUGGGUGCGACAGAAAUGGCACAACCCGUUUCUUGAAUGGAAUUCUUCUGAGUUUGGCGGUAUUCAAUCCAUUCAGACGAACGCGGACAAGAUCUGGGUACCAGAUGUUCUGGUCUAUAACAACAUUGAUCUCCAUGACCGCAUUGGUGGUGGGCGAACGACAUACCAAACCAGUGUUCUCAUGCAGGCAAACGGCCAAAACUCUUGGAUGAGUCCUGCCAUCUUCAAGACCGUCUGUGCCAUUGAUGUCACCUUCUUCCCUUUUGACAUGCAGACAUGUUUACUCAAGUUUGGUUCGUGGGCUUCUAACAGUCAGCAAAUAACCUUGUGUCCACAGAACAUGACUGGAAAAUCGAAUCAGUACGUGGACAAUGGCGAAUGGGAUAUCAUAGACAUCGUACCUAGAAGAAACGUUGUGCAUUACAGUACGGGUGCGUUUGACGACGUCACAAUUACUAUAGUUAUAGGUCGCGUUUUUUUCGUGUACUGCGUGAAUUUGAUUAUUCCGUGCUUUCUAAUCUCGACCAUGAUAUUUCUGGGAUUCAUUCUUCCUCCAGAGUGCGGAGAGAGAAUUGGAUUGAGUAUUACUGUACUGCUUGCUAUGACGGUCUUCCAACAGUUAACAGCAAACAUUUUCCCUUCAUUUGAUUUCCCGCUCCUUGGUCAAUAUUAUUUUGCAACAAGUGUUGAAAUUAGUAUUUCACUCUUAGCGACAACUGUGGUUCUCAAUUUUACAAAUCGAAAAAACAAGAAAAUGCCACGAUGGAUGCGUAAGUUGUUACUAGAGUGGAUCGCGCGCGUCGUCUUUCUGAGGAAAACUGUAGAAAAAAGCUGCCCAAAACCCAAACAUAAACGGUCCACGCGGCGUUUCUCGAGCAUGAGGGAAUUCAGGGACAACCAAGAAGCCAGGCAGAGGGGGACAGCCGGUCAUGACCAAAUGAUUACAAGAGAAACCUUUCCCGAUGAUCCCGAGAGACAAGACGACCACCUUGUCGCUGAACUCAAAAGCAUGUUCAUGAUAUCAAAAAAUCUGGACUAUGGCGGCUUGCGAUAUGCACACUCUGUCAAGAGUACAAACUUGAAUGGACUCAAUAAUGGUGACGACAGCCUCAUAUUAAGUGGCCCCACUUCCGAGGGAGUCUGGGACGAUAGUAACAUGUCAUUCACUGGAGUUCUAGACGAGAAUGGUGAAGAACUCGAAGAAAACGAGCUUCAGUUACGUCAGUGGGAGUGGAUCAUGGCCGCAAGGGUCCUGGAUCGAGCCUUGCUAUGGGUGUCAAUAAUUGCCGGCAUUGUAACUUUUUUCGCCAUUUUCAUGAGAGCCCCUCGCUUGCAGACUUUAUUGUUUGGCUCUUGAGUAAUCAUGGAAAGAGGUCAUCUCUCGAGCACUGUCUAGACUGGAAACAGGGGAACCAUUGGGAUAAAACAGCAAAGCUCUCCCGGAUUCUUGUGAAGUCUUGCCAUUUGUUAAUUCCCACUGGUCGUAAUAGUAAAAAAUUGACAAAGACAAGAAAACAGUAGUAAUAUAGGUAUUCAAAGAAAAUGAUCGCUGAAGAACUGCUGAGAUUAAUACGUACUUAGUACUCAGUCAGUCAGCCAUUGCCUUAGAACUCACAAAACUUUAAGUAACAAGUAGAAAGCUGGCUAAUCCCGCUCAUCACAACCUUCUCCGUGGUUGAGUUUAGAUUUCUGUACCGUUAACUGGAAAAUAUUAGCGCUACAUUGAGGGUACUGUCCGGCGAUGCCCUAAGAACUCAUUUUUGGAGACUUGUGAUACUAGUCUUCACUUGUCGACGAGAUAACUUUGAUGAACUUCGGCUUCGUGGCGAGAGAUUUAGCAGUCUUUCAAACAACACUUUAGCAAGGGAAUUAGUACGAAGAACACAAAACAGAGACCAAACGUUGCAGAGAAGUAAAAUAUCUCAUGUAUCUGACAAUCAACUUACAAUACAUCAUUAAACUGGAAAAUUGGUCUUAAUGAAAGACUGAAGAAUUUUAGUUUAUGGUGAUUCAGAGGUUGGGAUGGACAUGAAAUCAAUCAGUGUAUCGUGUAGUAUCCUGCACUCGGGCAGGAUUUAAAUUUCGGUCAAUUUUGCUCCAUGCCACAUCUGACAAUGACGAGUGUGUUGAUCGGUUGGCAAAUCUCUUGUGGUAAUUAUCCAAAAGGUUGUGUUUGUUGAAUUGGAGGAAAUAAAAAAUACAAAUACAAAAGUAUUGUUUCAGUCA